CUAGUGGUGAUGCGGAUCGCAAUCAGCCUGCGCAUGCUGGCUUCGUUGCGGAUCAGUGAUACUUCUUAUUCAUUGGAUACCUGAUGGUAUUUUGACCAGGUUAGUAUGUUUUCACAUACCCGCUUCUACGCCUUAAGAGCAUGACAAGCCUGCUUAUUGAACGGAACUAGAAAGGAAAUGAAAUAAGUACAGACCGGGGGCAUCAUUCAUAAUUCUGCUGGUCACGUGCGCAUUCCUGGUUUUGCCGCAGCCACGGUACCGAGUGGCACGAUAAGGUAUCUGUUUAAAUACCGCGAAUCGGCACUGGGAAGCGAGCCCAUUUCAAACGAUCACUCUAAAGCACUUUCGAUUACCAGAGAAGACAAAAACGAAAAACAGAAACGAAAUACGUAAAAAGAAAACGAAAAAAAAAAAAUACCAUUCAUCACUCAAGCAUGUCUCGUUACGAAGAAUUACUCAAGGCGCUCAACGACGUCUUGCAAGAAUCCAACGAAGCAGGUAGUCCCGAACUUCGUGAGCAAUUGAUUGCCAAAAUUAGCAAGCCAAGGCGCUCUAACUCAGCGUACGACGAUGAGUACUUUAACUCGCAUGCGGCAGAGUACAUUGAGUUCACGUAUGAGAACCCCACGAUCUACCACGUGGUGGACCAUUUUUCCUCCAAGUUGAAAAGAGCUGGCUUCACGUACCUCCCUGAGAAAAAGUCGUGGAGCAAGCUUGAGCCAGGCAAGUACUUUACGUACCGAAGUGGGUCGAGCUUGGCUGCUUUUGUCGUGGGUUCUGACUGGACUCCCGAAAAGGGCGUUGGUGCCAUUGGAUCGCAUAUUGAUGCAUUGACCGUUAGUUUGAAGCCCAGUUCCAACAAAAGCCAAACAGAGGGCUACGACUUGCUUGGUGUUGCUGCCUAUGCAGGCACUUUGGAGCCUGUGUGGUGGGACAGAGACUUGGGAAUUGGCGGGCGCUUGUUAGUGAAAGACCGCAAGACUGGUCGCAUCGAGCAGAAGUUGGUCGAUUCCACGCCCCACCCAAUCGCCAAGAUUCCUUCCUUGGCUCCCCACUUUGGUGCACCAGCCGUAGGCCCUUUUAACAAGGAGACGCAGGCUGUUCCAGUGAUUGGGUUCUCUGGUACAGAAAAGGAAAUCGAGCCUACCGAAGCAGAGAAGUCUGCACCUUUGUAUGGGAGACAUCCUUUGAAGUUGCUCAGAUACAUUGCUUCGAGUGCCGGUGUCGCUGUUGAAGACAUCAUGCAAUGGGAUCUCCAGUUAUUUGACACACAAAAAGGAGUCAGAGGAGGCUUGGACAAGGAAUUUGUCUUUGCCCCAAGAGUGGACGACAGAGUCUGCUCUUAUGCAGCAAUCUCGGCCUUGAUUGAGUCUGUCGAGACAGGAACCAUUGCUUCUGAUGCUUUCUCUUUGGUUGCCUUGUUUGACAACGAGGAAAUUGGGUCCGCAACAAGACAAGGUGCCAAGGGACAAUUGAUUGAAUCUGUUGUGUCUCGUGUAAUGGCUUCCGAGUAUUACAGCCCCGACGCCUCUGACAUUUCGGAGAAGUUGAAGGUUGUAUACGCAAACACGAUUGUUUUGUCCGCUGAUGUCAAUCAUCUCGUUAACCCCAACUUUUCCAACGUGUACUUGGAGCACCACAAGCCAAUUCCGAACAAGGGAAUGACUAUUUCGUUGGAUCCAAACGGACAUAUGGCAACGGAUUCGGUGGGCCUCGCAUUGGUCGAGGAAUUGGCCAAGAAGAACGGCGAUGAAUUGCAGUAUUUCCAGAUCAGAAAUGACUCCCGCUCUGGAGGGACUAUUGGACCCUCUAUUUCCCUUCAGACUGGCGCAAGGACCAUUGACUUGGGAAUUCCUCAAUUGUCCAUGCACUCAAUCAGGGCGACCCUCGGAGCCAAGGAUAUUGGUUUGGGCGCUAAGUUUUUUGCGGGAUUUUUUGCCAACUGGAGAAAAUCUUACGACAACUACAGUGAUUUGUGAAGCUUUGGGAAGGAUGAUUUGACACACCCGGAUGAGAUGUCCAGAACAAUCGAAAACGAACUGAAUCGAAAUGACAUUGUAAGCUAGCUAGAGUUAUUCAAUUUCUUGAAAACAAAAAUAAAAUAUGCCAAACUGACAAUAAAGACAAUCAGUAAUGUAUGGCUAAUUUAUCUUGCGGUGUUGCGGCCGAAGACGUGGGGCUGACCGCGCG